CCCCGGCCGUACCCGCGCAGUGCCCGCGCCCAGCCGGGAUGGCCGCGGCUUCCUCGGGGACGGCAUAGCGGCUGCUCCCGCCGGGCCCAGCGCUUUCUGCGCCGCCCUCAGCCCCGCUCAGACCGGCCAUGGCGCGGCCCGAGGCUGGUUAUGAGGCGGCGGUGCCGCCCCGCCCCGCCUGCACCUACACCAGCUGCUACUGCGAAGAAAAUGUUUGGAAGCUUUGUGACUACAUCAGGAGUCAGGAUCGGUACCCUUUAGAAGAAUUUUACGCUGUUUUCAUAUCCAAUGAUAAGAGGAUGAUUCCACUCUGGAAGCAGAAAUCUGGACAUGGAGAUGAGCCUGUUGUCUGGGACUACCAUGUUAUUCUACUUCAUCUUUCCAGCCGGGAGCAGAACUUCAUUUAUGAUCUUGACACAGUGUUGCCAUUUCCCUGUCCUUUUGAUGUGUACAGUGUGGAGGCCUUCAGGUUGGAUGACAGCCUUCGGCCAGAGUUUCACAGGAAAAUCAGAAUGAUUCGAGCAGAUUUGUACUUGAAGACAUUUGCUUCAGACAGAUCUCACAUGAAGGAUGCAAAUGGGAAAUGGCAGAAACCUCCUCCUCCAUACCCUUGCAUUGAAACUGCAGGUUCCUGCCAGCAGCCUCCUCCAGCAUGGGCUUCCCACAGGGUCACAGCCUCCUUUGGGCACCCACCUGCUCCAGCCUGAGGCUCCUCUAUGUGCUGCAGGGGCACAGCUGCCUCACCAUCAUCUUCACCACGGGCUGCAGGGGAAUACCUGCUCUGGUGCCUGGACCACCUCCUGCCCCUUGUCCUUCACUGACCUUGGUUUCUGCAGAGUUGUUUCUCCCACGUAUUCUCACUCCUCUCUGGCCACAAUUACUUCUGUGCAAUAGCUUUUUUAAAUUUCUUAAAGGAAGAGGUACUACAGCAAUCACCAAUGGGUUCAGCCUUUGCCAGAGGUGGGUCCGUCCUGGAGCUGGCUGGCACUGGCUCUGUUGGACAUGGGGGAAGCUUCUAGAGGAGCCAGUCCUACAGCCCUCCCCUGCUACCAAAGUCUUUUGUAAUUGAAUUGAGCAAUCUUGAUCAUUAACAAAUGAAGCAUUUUUCUCCUACUAGUACCUCAAAGGGAAUAAAUCUUAAACUGUAUUUGUCCUGCUCAUGGGGUUGCAAAAUAAAUCAUCAAAAAUAAGCUUACACGGAGUCAUAAAUUCCAGUCUAUGCCUAAAAAAAUUGAAGCUGGCAUAAGGUGAUUUUUAAAAGCAUUUCUCUAAAAGACAAACAGCUCCAGUCCAAUCAAUAAAACAACAAUAAAAAAAAACCCCAAACCCUCUCAGACUCCUCAGUAUCUCCUCAGAACUCACAUGCUAAGCAUUAGCUUCUUGGAUCUGGCUCUUCUCUAGCUGUUUCCCAGAGUUAGGCCUCUGUGUCUUUUACUGGCAUUGCUCUGGCCUCUGUUCUGCUCUGCUGCCAUGGAUUGCAGAAGGGGCUGGCCAGCCUAAUUGGCUGCACCAGCUUUCUCACCCUGCCCUGUCCUCAAAGCUGCUCUGCUGGAAUAAACAUACCUGAGCUGCAGAGCAUUCCCCUGGUCCCACCUGUUUGCCAGUGACCUCCUGUUGAAAAAAACAGGAUAUUUUGUUAAAAUAAUAAAAAAACGAGAUUUGGUGAACAGAUUCAUUAUUCUAGAGCUGGUGAGCCCAACCUUUGGUUUUCUUUUAAAUCUUCUUUCCACAAAUUAAUGAGUUCUGAUUCUGUUUAGUUUAUGACUUAGGAUGAGAUCAGCCCUCCUUACUGCAAGCCUGUGUAAAAUGCAGUACAGUGUUUUUCCAAAUUACUCCAGACAGAUGGUUGUGUGGCUUAUGUGCAAAUGUUAGCAGCAGCUCUAACACUGAAAAGCACUGGUUUGAAUUUCAGUUCUCCCAAGGUGUUCAGUAACACACUUGCUGGAUUGAUUUGUAAAAGCUUUUUGUUCUUUUUAUUAUUAAUAAAAUUCCUGGUAGU